GUGAAAUCCAGGAGGGUGGGAACUUGCACAUCAGCUUUAUUUAAAGGAGGAAAGAUAAACUGGUGGAACUCAGAACUGGUUCACAGUCAAAGCUCAGAGACUACUUUCUCCUUUACUGUACUCUCAAACAUUGAAGAAUAAUGAAGACUCUGUUCCUGACUCUGGUUCUUGCCUUGAUGCUGAUGAGUGGUUCUGCUCUGAAAUGCAACAACUGUGUUCCACUUAAUGGUGGCAAAUGUACUACCACCAUUGAAACCUGCGGCUAUAAAAAAGACGCCUGUAUCUCUGCUCGAUUCACCAUCUACCCCUAUACCUAUUUCAGGAGAUGCAUCAGUAUGUCAGACUGCCUCAUUCUACAGGCCAAUUCCAACAUUGUAGCCCGAUGCUGUCAGAGGGACCUCUGCAAUUAAGAUAAUGAUCUUUUUAUUGUAACUGUUGUUUUCUGUCGUUUUACUUUUCAAUUAUAUAUUCAGCAACAUCAGUAGUAUAUUCGGUUCUGUAUCUGGGUCUGUUUUUACUUAAGCAAAGCCUGAAAACCCUGUACUGAAAAAAUGUAUUUUAAAUAAAGUCUUUCCAGCAGCAA